AUGCCUCAGUUUCAAAAGCUGCUGGUGCUUUCUACGGGGGACAGCUGGCGUAUCCGUGGACUGAAGGCAGCAGCAAGCCUCAUGGGCCUGGAUCUGACGAUCCCCAUCCAGCCUCCAAACCCACAAGAGUUGAUCACGGCCUUUGAGCAUAUUGGGAAGGACUCUGGGAAACCCACACCGGCACACGGUUCCGCCACGGCAUGGUUGGCACACGUCGAUCUGCUGAAAUUUGUCAUUGCCUCUGGAUUCGAGACGGCGUUCAUAGUCGAGGACGAUGUUGACUUUGAUGUGAGGUUGAAAGCCCAAAUUCGGCUCAUCUCCGAUAACGUUCGCGAGUUCGUCGAAACGCCAGAUCACGACCCACGUCCUUACGGUGACAACUGGGACGUCCUUUGGCUGGGUCACUGUGGCUCUGCAAUCGAAGAUUGGAUGCCUCCAGGUCGCAAAUAUCGGGAUGAGACUCGCUGCGAGACGGAACAUUAUUCAGGCUGGUCGAAACACUUCCUCAGAGACAAAUUGGAGGAGAAUUAUCGUCUGGUGCAGACCUCGGUCCAGACAGUGUGCACCUUUGGUUAUGGUGUAACACGACAAAGUGCGCCGAAGGUCCUCAAGCUCCUGGCGGCCGGGGCCAACGAAGCAUUCGACGUCUCCAUGUCUUCAUUCUGCAGCUCAGGUGACCUGCGUUGCGUGGUUGUGAAUCCUCAGAUUAUGAAUCACUACGAGCCGCCGAGAGAUGCUGGAUAUUUGAGCCCGGUCCAUGUUGGCGAUGGACAAGGGGAGACAGUUAACGAUACUGCUUUCGAGGCCAAGAUGGGGACGACCGGCAAUAUUGAACAGAGUGCUAGAUGCAAGGCUCUUUUUGAUAGUACGUGUAUGCGUCCACCGUCAGAGAUAUAG